AAUUGCUAUAAAUUUUGGUAACGGUGUAACACAUGAUUUAAUUAUUUGAAUUUGAAAUCUAAAUUGUUAAGAUAUUCACUAUGGAAAUUUCUUUUUUACUCUCAAAUUAUUUGAAAAGUUUUUAGUUGAUUUCGCGCGUAAAAGUUUUUAGAAAUAUGAAUGAAGACACUAAAAAAGCGGAAAGUGAAGCAGUAGAAUUUGCCACUCGUGCUAUUGGAUUUGAUCAACAGCAAAACUAUGACGCUGCAAUUUAUUACUAUAGGGUUGCUGCUCAAGCUUUGAAUUCUGCAUAUUUACAAGGUUCACAGAUUGCAGGUCUACUUGAAAAAGCAAAUGAAUAUCUGCAUAGGGCUGAAGAUAUUCAAAAACUAAAAGCUCAAGCUUCUGAGAAGGUCCCAGUCAAAAAUGAGCAAAAGCUAGAAUUGGAAAGAGCUGAAUUUUUACUGAGACAAGGAUUGGAAGAUGAUGAAGCAGGAAAUGUUGAAGCAGCUGUUGAACUUUAUCUUCAAGCUGCUGAGCUAUGUUUAAAAGCAAGAAAAUUCACUCAAGAUAGUGGUUUGAAAGAAAAACUAUCAAGCUUAGCUGAGAAUGCUUUAGAUAGAGCUGAAGUUUUGAAACAAAGAAAUGGUUCUCUAAAUAAAUCCGAAGUUGCUCCAGAAUCUCCAAAGUCCCCGACAGUGCCCAGUAUGUCCAGUUUGCAUAUUUCUGAUGUGCCGAGCCAACGGCAAACAUUAGUUCACCAGAGACCUAGCUCUCCUAAGCCACUUCAGUCGACUGGUAAAGGAAAUUAUACAAAGGAAGAGAUAGCUGUUUUGAGGGUGACAUCUCUCAUCAAUGGAAGAGAAUAUGUACCUUUUAUGCCUGUUGAUUUAAAGGAAAGAUUUGCAUAUCCUUUGCCAUUUAGCGACAAAGAUGGAAAACUUGCCUUGAGUCCUAAACAGAAAAUCGACUUUAGCAGGUGGGUUCGACCUGAAGAUAUAUCUUCUAGACCUAUGCUGAUUGAAGUGAUUGAUUGUUUCAGCAUUAAACAGACCAUAGUUUCUGACUGCUCUUUCAUUGCAUCCUUAGCUGUAAGUGCUUUAUAUGAAAAAAGAUUUAGGAAAAAAGUUAUCACUAAAAACAUUUACCCACAAAAUAAAGCUGGAGAGCCUGUUUAUAAUCCUUGUGGAAAAUAUAUGUUUAAAAUUCACAUAAAUGGAGUUAGAAGAAAGGUUAUUAUUGAUGAUUACCUACCUGCAGGAUCUCAUGGUGAGCUAUUGUGUUCCUAUUCCAACAACCGAAAUGAAUUUUGGAUUUCUUUGUUGGAAAAGGCCUACAUGAAGAUAAUGGGUGGUUAUGACUUUCCAGGAUCUAAUUCAAAUAUUGAUCUACAUGCCCUUACUGGUUGGAUACCUGAACGUAUAUCAAUUGACACAUCAGACCCCACAUUUGCUAAAGACAAGAUAUUCAAUAUGCUUCUAACUAAACACAACAAAGGUGAUGUAUUGAUAACUGUGGCAACUGGUGUAAUGGGUCAAGCUGAAGCUGACAGGGCUGGACUUGUACCCACUCAUGCUUAUGCUUUGCUUGACAUUAAAGAAGUACUAGGUAAAAAGUUAUGUCUUUUGAAAAAUCCAUGGAGCCAUUUGAGGUGGAAAGGUCGCUUCUCUGAACAUGACACAAAGAAUUGGACUCCCCAACUGAAGGAUGCUUUGAAAUAUGAUCCUCGAAAUGCUCAAAUGUUUGAUAAUGGAGUGUUUUGGAUUGAUUAUGAUUCUCUUCUUCACUUUUAUAAUGUAAUUUAUCUCAACUGGAAUCCCGAACUUUUCAAGUAUACUUAUUGUCUUCAUCAGUGUUGGAAAGCUGGGUCAGGUCCCAUUAAGGAUAUUUACAACAUAGGGGAAAACCCUCAGUUCUGCUUGGAUAUUAAGUCUGGUGGGUCUGCUGUGUGGGUGCUUCUAACCAGACAUAUUGUUGAUAGGGAUGAUUUUGCUGAGAAUAAAGAGUUUAUUGCCCUCCUUGUUUACAAAAAUGGUGGACGAAAAGUGUAUAUGCCAAAUGAACCUGAACCCUAUAUAGAUGGAGUUCGAAUUAAUAGUCCUCAUUAUUUAUGCAAAAUUCUGGUUCCCCAAGGAGGUACAACUCGCUACACGCUCGUUAUGUCCCAGUAUGAAAAGAGUAAUACCAUCUAUUAUACAAUAAGAGCUUAUUCCACUUGUCCUUUCACUUUGACAAACAUUCAAAAUGUUUUCAAAUACAAGCAAGAAAUUAAAAAUGGUGAGUGGACCCAUGAAACUGCUGGAGGAUGUGGGAACCAUAGUAGCUAUAAUAAAAAUCCAAUUUAUCAAGUUUCUUUGCAAUCAACUUGUGAUGACAACACUCUUCUUAUUGAUCUCAAGGGGCCUAAGCAAUAUCAUGUGGGCUUUGACAUAGUUACUGUUACCGUUAAUAACUCAAGCAGUCCUGGAUAUUUCUCUCGAAAAUCUUCUGGUUCUUUCAGAUCUGGUUUUACAAUUUUAGAGAUUGCAGACGUACCUGUUGGAGUGUAUAACAUCAUACCCAGCACUUACUCGCCUGGUCAGAAAGGGCCAUUCUUUCUCACUGUCCAAGCAUCCUGUCCCAUUAAAGUGUCACGCUUAAAAUAAUUUUAGAUUUAUUGAUUGUUAUCUGUAAAUAAAAGUUGAUUUUUGUUUACAAA